AAAUAGUUCUGUCUGGCAUUAUUUUAUCCACCACGGUCAUUGAUUGCGCUUCAUAAUAGAUUACAGAGUAUUACAAUGCAGUAGUGUAUUUCUAAUGACCUGCCUGUUGGUCAAGGCUGGUCUUAACCAUAUUGAGGUCAAUGCCUGUGGCCUGGAUGUGACUAUUUCGCGGGAGGAARGUAUUUGAAAGGAGCGCAUGUUUUUCUCUACGGAAGUGACAGCGAGGCACUUAUGGCGGUGCUCUGUCCAUUUCCUUGAAAGUUGCGUUGACCGCGUCUMGUUGGGACUUUUGCCAUAUUUCGUAAACCAACUUAUUUAUCAACGAAACUAAGCAAGGUUAGAGGGGCAUUGUUUGCAUAAAGACAUCUUCUUUUCACACUUUAAUCAAAGUCUAGCUUGCGAGGGCUAGGUAGUGACCGAGAACCAGUGAAUGUUAUUCGUCUGGAAUCCUCGCUUUCGUAUUUAAUGACGGUUUUGCGUUGUAGGCUACUUUUUCUUUCAUUUUCAGUGGAGUGUGGCGAAAGUGAGAUUUGAACUGAGCACACGAUUGCCAUUGGCCAGUGUCUACUCUACCUGCAAGUUCGGGAAGGAAGAGGCUGAGGUCCUUUUACUCAACUGGAGUCGCUCGGGUUGUACCAUGCUGAAGACCCGUCACCGCCUACUUGGCAUUCACACUUUCGUCGGAGUUACAUCUAGAAUAUGGKKKUUUWUUCUGUACAUACUCAGGAAGCAGUUACGGACGGUAAUCCAGUACCAAACAGUACGUUAUGACACAUUACCUCUGUCGCCUGUGUCCAGAAACAGACUCGAUGCAGUCAAGAGGAAGAUUCUGGUGCUGGACCUUGACGAGACCCUAGUCCACUCCCACCAUGAUGGGGCUGGGAGAUCCAAAGGGAGAUCCAAAGUGAGACCAGGCACUCCACCAGACUUCAUCCUAACGGUGGUAAUCGACAAACAUCCUUUCAGGUUUUUAGUACAUAAAAGACCGCAUGUGGACUUCUUCUUAGAAGUGGUGAGUCAGUGGUAUGAGCUGGUGGUUUUCACGGCCAGUAUGGAAAUAUAUGGCUCAGCCGUGUCUGACAAGCUAGACAGAGACAUCCUUAAACGAAGAUACUACAGACAGCACUGUACAUUGGAUCUGGGUAGCUAUUUUAAAGAUCUUUCUGUGGUGCACAAUGAUCUAUCUAGCGUAGUCAUCCUGGACAACUCCCCUGGAGCCUACCGCAUCCACCCUGACAACGCAAUACCCAUCAAAUCGUGGUUCAGCGACCCAAGCGACACGGCUCUACUUAACCUGCUACCCAUGCUAGACGCACUGAGGUUCACCUCAGAUGUCCGAUCCGUCCUCAGUCGAAAACUCCAGCAUCCGCUAUGGGGAUUCGACCAUCCGAGCUAGUAUCAGCACCUUCACUUCCUCUCUUUUUUUAGUAUUUUUUUUAGAAUGCCCUUUCUCCUGGUUUGCACGACCCCUUCUUCUGCUCUGCCCACAUCUCUCAAUCUCCACGUGUGACCCUUUUUAAGAAGAGGGAGGGCAAAGACUGGGGGCCACAAAUACAGAGGGGAGGCGCGCUACGUAUAAGGAAAACAAAGUGGA